AUGGUACCACUGCUCGGUCGCAUACGGUCGUCUCAGUUGUUGUUCACUACGGAGUUUAUCGUCUUCGCCAUUCUCAUCCCCGUGCUCGUUAUCUUGUCUGGUAUCUUUGCCGGUCUGACACUGGGAUACAUGUCGCUCGACGAGACGCAACUGAACGUGCUCAGUAUCAGUGGUACUCCUAAGCAGAAGGAGUAUGCUAAUAGGAUCAAGCCCAUUCGGAAGAAUGGCCACUUCCUCCUCGUCACUCUCCUACUCGCCAACAUGGUCGUAAACGAGACUCUCCCCGUGAUAUCUGACCCCGUCCUCGGCGGUGGCGUGCAGAGUGUCGUCGUCAGCACGGUCCUCAUCGUCAUCUUCUCCGAAAUCAUCCCGCAGUCGCUUUGCACCCGCUAUGGGCUUUUCUAUGGCGCAAAGAUGGCCGGCAUUGUUCGCGUCCUCAUGUGGGCAGCCGCUCCCGUCGCAUAUCCUGUCGCAAAGCUGCUUGAAUUCAUCCUCGGCCAGCACCAUGGUAUCAUGUAUCGUCGUGCAGAGCUCAAGGAGCUCAUUGCAUUGCACUCGAACGCUGGUGAACUCGGUGGUGACUUGAAGACAGACACAGUGACGAUCAUUGGUGGUGCGCUUGACCUUCAGGAGAAGGUUGUGAAGCAGGCGAUGACGCCAAUCGAGAACGUGUUCAUGCUCAGCAUCAACUCGCGCCUCGACUAUGAAACGCUCCGCGAGAUCUGCCUUACGGGCCACUCACGUGUGCCGGUGUACGAGGAGGUUGAGAUCCCUGCACCGGCGGUUGUGGGUGCCAUGAGCAGCGAGAAUGGCGACGGUUUGACGAGCGAGGCCGUAAGCAUUGUCGGCAGCAAAUCACAGAUGAUCAAGGCAAAGAAGGUCGUCGGUAUCCUCUUGGUCAAGCAGUGCGUGCUUCUCGACCCGAAGGACGCGACGCCAGUCCGCAACAUACCGCUGAAUAAGGUGCCGCUGGUCCCGCACAAUGAGUCGCUGCUCGGCAUCCUAGACAAGUUCCAAGAGGGCCGGUCGCACAUAGCUAUCGUGUCACGGUUCAGCAUCGAACGCGCUGCGAGCGUGAAACAGGUCGUCAAGCACGGGCUCACGCACCGGCUCCGCAAGGGCGUCGAGAGCGACGCGGAGAGCAGCGCAGAUGAGGGCGAACACCAGAGUCGCUGGAAGCCGCAUAUCCGCCGUAAGCGCAGUGAGGGUGAGGGUGAGAGCAGCGGAAACGAAGAGACGCUCCGAGAGCAGGAUGAGACGAGCGACGACGCGGCAUCGCGCAACAGCGAGGGCCGCCGCAAGGGCCUGCGACCGUUCAGUCGUCGCGGUAGACGGAAACACAAGAACCAGAAGCCGGAGGAUAUCGAUCUCGAGAUGGGUGUCGUGGAUAAGGAGCAAGCGCUUGCGGAGAGCAAAGCCAAAAAGACUAAUUUGGUUCUGCCGCGCGCUCGCUUCUGGGGCAAUGAACAAGAUGUUCCUGCUGACGCUGUACUGUCGAUCGAAGGCGCGGAGGAGUUCCUGCAGAUCACCGAUCCUGCGAUCAUGCCUUUGGGGAUCAUCACCUUGGAAGACGUGCUAGAAGAGCUGAUUGGAGAGGAGAUCUACGACGAGUUCGAUCCGCAGGGACAUCCUCUUUUGUCGUCGUAUGCCGGAGUAGAGGCCAAAGUCAAGGCCAAAGUCAAGUUACCUGACGCUCCGCGCCUCAGCUCGCUCUCUCCGCCGAUCCGGCCAUUUCUGCCUCCACGCCCUCCACGGACAUAUCGACGUCUCCAACUGUCACCCCUGACUAUGCUUCCGCAGGAGAUACCAACGAGGUCGAGCAGCGCGCCGCCCAUUCCCAGGGAUCAGGAGACGCUCGACAAGGAGAAAGAUGGUGCUAAUACCCCUGCUCCUGUCCCUGAGGGUGUGGUCGUGGUGACAUCUCCGCCUUCGGAGGUCUCGGAUCAAGGCAGAGCAGAAGACGAGAAGCAGCUGGGCCCUACUGGGAUUGCAGAUGCAUACACUGUGGAGGUGGAGACGCCUACAAAGAUACCCCAAGUCGUGAGUGCCGAAGCGAGCGCACGGACGCGUCCUUCAGUCCCACUCUCUCCGUCUCCCGUGCGAGCGACCGCUGUCCCGCCGCCCAGCAUAAACGCGACGCUCGCUGCAGCGUCGAAGCCGACAUCCCGCAGUUCGUCCCCGUCGCCCUCGCUCGAGCAGGCGAUCCUGAUUGAGCGGAAACGGCGUGCAGCGUCGGCUGGUGCGGGCAACUUGCCUGCGCCGAAGGGAUUGCGGUACAAGAGCAGUCCGUUGACGGGUGAGAGGAGCGGUCUGGUCGUCGCCGAGGCGGUCAAGCGCGACAUGAGUGCGGGCCUGGAGAGCGCGGAGAGCGAGAAGAAGGGUGAGAGCCCUUUUGAUGACUGA